GUGGCACACUGGGAGAAGUAAACGGCUAACAAUAAACAACCUGAAACAUUUGUUUUUUUAAGCAGCACUUUUAACUAAAUGUAAAAUUGAGUCCAAGUUCCUACCUUACACAAUCAUGGAACCUGUUUAGCGAACGUUGUUGAAAACAAACAUUUUAAACACGGUAAAUUAUCUUUUCAGUUGGUAGAUGUACAAUUGGCUAAAUAGCAUUGCCGUUGUUUUUCCUGUGUGGAUAGUUGAGAGAGAUGUAGACAUCAAGUGGAAAUAUCCCACAUCGGACUGUACAUCUUAUAAAAUGGAGUUUAUUAAAGAAGAGAGAGUGGACGUGAGUGAUCAAGAACCCUGCAGAGUGAAACAUGAAGAUACUGAGCAACAAAUAGAUCUGAUGGAAGUGAAAGAGGAAAGUCAAGAACUGACAUUGGAGGAGAAACAUCAGUAUGAGGAACCUUAUUUCAAAACUGAAGAUAAAUAUUAUAGUAGCUCAGAGACUGAAAAUUUCUCACAAAAAAGACGGCGAAGAACUGGAGCCCAAUUUUUUUUCACCUGCCUUCAAUGCAAAGAAAAUUUCACAUCUAAAGAACGACUUAUGGAUCACUUUAAAGUUCACUCUGGAGAGAAGCCAUUCCCAUGCGAUCAGUGUGAAAAGAGUUUUGUUCAAAAAGAAAGCCUUAAGAAUCACAUGAGUGUUCACUCUGGAGAGAAGUCUUUCACAUGCGAUCAGUGUGGAAAGAGUUUCCUUUAUAAAGUAAGCCUUAAGAAUCACAUGAGCCUUCACUCUGGAGAGAAGCCUUUCUCAUGCGAUCAGUGUGGAAAGAGUUUCAGUCUUAAGGCAAACCUGAAGAAUCACAUGAGCCUUCAUUCUGGAGAGAAGCCUUUCUCGUGCGAUCAGUGUGGAAAGAGUUUCAUUCAUAGAGCAAAGCUUAAGCAGCACAUGAAAGUUCACUCAGGAAACAGACCUUAUAAAUGUGAUCAGUGUGGAAAGAGUUACAUACAUAAAUACAACCUUAAUGAUCACAUUAGAAUUCACACUGGAGAGAAACCUUUUGUAUGCCAUCAAUGUGGAAAGAGUUUCGCCAUGAGAGGUAGCCUUGAGAGUCACCUAAGUGUUCACUCUAGAGAGAAGCCUUUCACAUGCCUUCAAUGUGGAAAGCAUUUCACAGAUAAAGCAAACUUUGAGGUUCACAUUAGAAUUCACGCUGGAGAGAAGCCGUUCCCAUGCGAUCAGUGUGGGAAGAGUUUCAUUCAUAGAGCAAACCUUAGGAAUCACAGUCGAUUUCACUCUGAAGAGAGGCCUUUCCCUUGCAAUCAGUGUGGAAAGAGUUUUAUUCAUAGAGCAAGCCUUAAGAAUCACAUGAAAGUUCACUUUGUAGAGAAGCCUUUCAUUUGCGAUCAGUGUGGAAAGAGUUUCAUUUAUAAAGGAAAUCUUGAGGUUCACACAAGAAUUCACUCUGGAGAGAAGCCUUUCCCUUGCAAUCAGUGUGGAAAGAGUUUUAUUCAUAGAGCAAAGCUUAGGAAUCACAGUAGAAUUCACUCUGGAGAGAAGCCAUAAACAUACCCUCAGUAUGGGAAGAGUUUCACAUAUUGAGCAAAUUAUGUAGGUCAUAUAAAAAUGCAUUCAGGAGUGAAAUUACACCAUUGUUCUUAUAUGAUCUUAUAUAGAUCAUAUGAAAUGAAUUCAUGGGGGAAUUACACCAUUGUUCAUUGUUCUUUCUCCAAGGAAGUCUCCAAACACAGCUGAAAAGGCAUGUAAAUGAGAGGCCACACAUUUGGUCUUAUUGUGGCAACUUAUUGUAGUUCUAGAAAAUAUUGUACAUAUCAUGAGAAACCUUAUGUGUGCUUUUAGCGUGAGUCAUAUACUUGAAAAGGCACAAAAGAUUUCAUACAGGAGAAAAACUCACAUUGUGGAAAAUUCUGUCUUUAUUUACCCUCAUUUCAUUAUAAACCCAUAACUUUCAAAAAGACUUUUGUAGAAUUUCCUUUUGUCUUUCAUGUUCCAAAAGUGGGGAAAAAAGAAACUUAAAGGUGGUCAUACAUAUUGUCAUUGUUGGGGAUUAACAGAAUACAUAUUAGUAACUGUAUUACACUACAAUUACAUUUUAAAUGGCUUGUAUUCAGAAUAUAGUUUCAUUCAAAAAGUAUUUUGAUUACUUUGCAAUUUAUUAUAAUUUGUUUCAUUUAAUAUUUGGUCUAUUCAAUUGGAAAACAUUUAGCCAUUCAAAAAUGCUAUUAAUAGUGCCUGUUACCAGGCAGUUUUUUGUAUAUUUUAUAAUUCAUUUAUUUAAUAUUAGGAUGAAGGUGUACUGCAAAAAUCAUAACCUUAACAAGAUUUGUUUUUCUUAUUUUCCUGAAAAAUAUCUAAUAAAUCCUUUAAAUAAAUCUUUUGAGAAGCUGCUCUGCAUAAGAUAUUUUGGCUUUUUCAAAGAAUGCCAUCUUCCAGUGCUGAAGAAGUAAUCAAAAGUAUUAUGAUUACAUUACUAGCUGCAAGUAAUCUGACUGAAUACGUUCAAAAAUAACAUUUUACAGCAUUUAUUCUGCAAUCUGUAGAGGAAUAUAUUUUGAAAGUAACUCCCAGCCCUGCAUAUUGUGUGCUAUUCCAAGUGAUCUGAAGCAAUAGCUUUGUGUGAGGAACAGAUAAAAGUCUGUUCCUCACUGGAAAUCUUCCAUCUGUAGAAGCUGUCAAAUAUCUCUUGAAUGGUUGCAUUGAAUUCGAAUAUGGCACAUCAGACACACCAUGUUUGAUGUGAAUGAUAUUGAAAAUCAUUGGUUCUCUCAUAACACAAAACCUGGCAUGAAAUGUUUGAUGUAGCAUAUUAUUGGACAGAGUGCAAAUAAAUGACCAAAUUUUCAUUUUGGGGUGAAUUUACCUUUA